UGUGUGUCUGUGUGUGUGUGUGUGUGUGUGUGUGUGUGUGUGUGUGUGUGUGAGAGAGAGACGGUUAUCAGUGAGCCGCUGUGUCCUCGCGCUUACCUGUGCUCCUCGUAUCGCACAAGUACAAAAUAUUUGUGCACAUCAAGCCACUCACAGAAUCCAGCGCUGUUGACUCAGUUGUUCAAUGCUCAAAAAUUAUAGUAUGGAAAAAGUUAAAGACAUUAUUCCUGAUUAUAACGAUGAAGACUUUCUGUGUCCUAAAAGUGGGGCAAAGUUGGCUUCUCUCUUUGGUCUGGACCGAGCACAGAGUCAGGGAAACGAGUCCUUCCAAUUCACCGCCCCUAAACAGCCAAAAAAGUCCUGCGCCAUAUUAGGCCCGCCUCCUCAGAAGUCCAUCCCUCCUCCAUGUGCUCCAGCUGUGCUGUUUGCUACAGCUGUUCAUGCAUUCAGCUUUGUGAAUGGACAAUAUGUAAAGCAAGGCAAGACAGGAGCUGCUGUUUUAGGAAACCAUGUCACCAAAGAGUACAAGAUUCUAUUGUACGACAGUAAACAAAAACAGAUCAGUACGGCUCGAAUCCAUCGUGGAUUUGUCCUUACAGUUCAGCCCUGUAACUAUGUCACUUUCUAUGAUGACUGGCAACAAAACUGGUCUUUAAUGUUUGACUCAUCAAAGUCAAGGCCUGAGUUCUGUAAGGAGGUGUGCGUGGCCCGGUGGAACAGUGAGGCUAUGUCAGACUCUCUGGUCACUCAGGACUUGGUUCAAGGAGAAGGUCAAGCUGUUGAUGUCGGGGACACAGUGGAGGUGGCCUAUUCUGGAUGGCUUUUACAGAACCAUUGUCUAGGACAGGUAUUUGAUUCCAAUUUGGGCAAAGAAAAGCUGCAGCGAGUAAAGCUCGGAGCAGGCAAAGCUCAGAGUGGAUGGGAGGACGGGAUGCUUGGCAUGCAGAAAGGAGGUCGACGGCUCCUUAUCGUCCCUCCUAAUGUGGGUCAUGGGUCAAAUGGCGUCCUUAACCAUGUGCCAGCAAACAGCACUCUGGUGUUUGAUGUUGAGAUUCAUAGAGUUAAAUUCUCCAAAGACCGACAUAGCCGGGGACCAGUUGACACCUUCAGUACAUCUCCAAGCACACCAGAAGAGAACACCAGCCAAUCGGUCACUGAUACAGAUGAGUCAAAAGUCCAAGCACCUAAGGGGAAGGUGGAAUCUGUUUCCCUGACAAGUUCAGGUGCUUCCAAAUCCAAGCUAAUCUCACGUAUAGCCAAGAUUGGUCAACCCAUGCUUCCCUUUCUCACUGGGGCCAUUCCAGAUCAGACUGACCCCAGCGACUCAGAAACAGAGGUCAGGAGGAUUGGAGAGGGUACCAGUGGAUUGAUUUGUGAUCCCUCUCCUUCACAUUCCCACUCCCCAAAACCUGCACCGAUGCCCUGCAGUUCUACAUCUCUGUCGUAUCAGCCUGAUGAUUCUCAGAAACAGGAAGCAGUGCCACCAGAAGCAGACUUAAACACUACUCAAGGCUUUCAGCAAUAUUCCUUAAGACAAAAUCCUUACUUUCCAACACCGCUAGAUUCAUUUGCCUCACUCUACCCAUCCCAGCACAUUCCAUACCAAACACCAGAUAUUACAUCAUUCUUGAUGUCUGAUGCUCGCCAACACAACACAGAAAUUCUGCUGGCUAUUGAAAAGCUGGCAUGCAGGGUGGACCAGCUGACCUGCAAGGUGGAUGAGCUGCAAAAAGAGGGUCACUUCUCUUUCAGACUAGAGACAAACAUGAUCCUACACAACAUUCAGAGAAUUAUUCAGGAGAGUAUGUGUCUAAAAAAGGAGGUUCUGGAGAAGAGUUCUCAGGUAGAUGAACUGAACCACAAAAUAGAAAAGAAUAAGAGGUAUAUGGAGCAGCAACACAGCCAGACUUGCUGCCUUCAGGCUGAGCAGGAAAAGGUUCAUUUAUCUGGAGAAUUGGGUUCCUCCAUCACACAAGCUCAUCAGCUGCAGCAGGAGGUGCUCAAUCUCCAGCAGAGGGCAGAGAAGCAGAAGUGCAAACAGAUGGAGGACAUCAUGCAAAACACGGAUGAGGAGAUGCAAGAUCUGAGGGCUGAAAAGGAGAAUCUGGUUCAGAUCCUGUUAGACAGGAAGAAGAAGUGGCAGGUAGAGCAGGUGAAACGAUUGCUGAAGGGAGUGUUUCAGUCUCUCAGGACAGAGUUUGAUUCACGGGAAUUUUACAGUGGACACACGGUGCUUGAGAUUCUCCAAAACACCAUCAAGAGUACCACCAUGAAAUUUCUCUCAGAACCUUGGGAGCUUGAAUCAAGCGUAGAUGAAGAUAAAGUAGAGGAAGUGUCCUUGUCAACUGAAGAGUGUUUGCAAAUCAAAAACAUGGAGAAGGAAAACAAUGAAAUAGCGGGAAAAGGCCAACAUUAAAAAGGAAGCAUUUAUGCUAACAGAACAUCUGUAGAUCGGAACACCUGCAUAUUGCAGUCUGUUCUACCAUACGCAUCGGUUCACAUACUGAGAUCCUGAAAGGGAAAUUGGUACUGUCCAAUCACAGUUAAGAAGGCUAAUUAAUGUCCAGUCAGUGGACAGCUGAUCCUUUCCCGGUGUUUCAAAGCAGGCAGUUUUUCAGGGUAGAACCCUGAUCCAUAAUAAGUGUCCUGACUAUGGCACAACUGGAUAUAACUAACAA